AUGCAGAAAUUAUCAAGCUCGAUCCUUCAAGCAACUCAUCCUUUCAAAUGGCUUAAUAUUCUAACCAAAAUUAAUAACGUUGUUGUUGAAAUCAUUACCCCAGUUGAGAUGAUCAAGAAAGGAGACAAAGUGGGUUCCUCUGAGGUUGCCCUCCUUGCCAAACUUGGCCCAGAGGUGCUCAACCUCAUUGAGGAUAGUCUCAUUGACAAGUUUGCAGCUGGUGUUUCUAUGAUUGCUUUGCUGUCCUUAGCUCUCUCUUACCCAACUCUUGUAGCGACACCUCUCAUGUUCAUCGAUGCCUAUAAGAACGUCCUUGAUGUUAGUGUCAAAACUGAAUACACCUUCGUUUUGUAG